AGCUUUCUUCGCACAGCUGUUCGAAUAUUCUUGGAGCUUUGUCCGUGCUGUUUUCGUUAUUCUUUCGCGUUUGCUUUCUUGUAAGAUUUGCCGAGCUUAGCGAGUUCAGUAGAUUCGUAGCCGCCGCGGGGUUGAAAAAGAAAAAUAAAAGGAAAGCAAAAGCGAGAGGAAAAAUGCUGAGAUUUGCUGUAAUUGCCUGUCUGCUGGUGGCCUUCGUCCAGGGCCUGGAGUUCAGCGAUUGCGGAUCGAAGACUGGGAAGUUCACCCGUGUGGUCGUCGAGGGCUGUGACACCACCAAGUCGGAGUGCAUCCUCAGGCGCAACACGACAGUGAGUUUCUCGAUAGACAUUAACCUGGCGGAGGAGGCGACCGCCGUCAAGACUGUCGUCCACGGCAAGGUUCUGGGUAUCGAGAUGCCUUUUCCGCUGGCCAAUCCCAAUGCCUGUGUGAACAGCGGUCUGAAGUGCCCCCUGGAGAAGGGGGAAUCGUAUCGCUACACGGCCACCCUGCCGGUUCUCAAGACCUAUCCGAAGGUCGCCGUGCUGGUCAAGUGGGAGCUGCAGGAUCAGAAUAGCGACGACAUCAUCUGUGUGGAGAUCCCCGCCAAGAUCCAAUAGAAGUCUCCCCGCGAAUUACUUGGGCAUGAGAGUGGCGAACGGAAGCCGCCCCAAGUUCAGCCUGUAUUCUCUCCCUCUUUCUUAUUGUAAUCUAAUUUAAAAUAAAGAAAUACAAAAUUAA